AUGGCCCCGUCUCUCCCAUCGCGUUAUGAAGUGCGCGUUCUUGGACCAGAACAUGAGGAAUGGGCCCGGGCAAUUUGCGUUCACACCAAUAUAUUCUACUCCGCGCUCUGGCCGGUUGCUUAUCCAGAGAAUAAAACGCAGCGGGCCUAUCAUUUUUUUCGAGCUGCGCACUAUAUAAUCAAGCACCAGAUCGAUUCGGGAAAGUCUCUCGGUAUCUUCGAUAAAGAGUACCAAUUCAAGCGACCGGAGUCUGCAAGCACCGAGGGCAAGCUAUGCUGGAACCUGGAGGAUGAGAGUGCCACCGAAAGCGAGCUGGCAGAGCAAAUGGACUUCCCACUAGUCUCCAUUGCCAUGGCCUACGAUGGUAUCGACGAGCUUGACAUGGCUCAAAUAAAACCCCUAGUAGUAGCGCUGCCCUUAUUUGAAAAAGUCUACGGCGUCCUCAAAGAGCUAGACCAGCGCGAUCCUGCUUCAUGGAAGCCCACGGGCCGCGGACAAGUACUGAUGCGCAACGCUACUAGCACCGUCCAAUCUUAUUCCGGCCAUGGACUUAUGAGACUGCUAGCCGAAGAGAUGAUGAGACGAUCGGCCGCGGAAGGCUUCGUCGGUAUCCAGAUCGAAACUGUUUCUGAGGCUGUGAAAAAGGUGUGGUCGAAUCCGCCAGCACCGUUCAAGGGGACGGUCGUCGGGCAGUUUCACACAAUGACAUUCGAGGAGAAGAACGAUUCCGGGGAGAUUGUGUAUCCUUUCCGACCGGCGAAUGUCAACAUUGCCAAAAUCUAUGUCGAUCUCCGGGCUUCAGAUUAA